CUGUUGUGUGCUCUGUAGAACCGCAUAUUGCCUUACGAACAAAAACGCUUCUGAAGUUGUGCAGAAAAAGUUUUAUGUCUAAAUCGAAAAGCCCCUCAAAACACCUUUAAUUUUCAAGUUGCUUUGGAGCUUUGAACGAGCGCGAUCCCUGUAGCAUCUUUUCCCAUUUUUAAGUUUAUUGCGGCGUGCUAAUUUUUAUAGCUAGCUACGUGAUUAAUUAAAAUCAUAUUUCUACAAACAGAUUGGCAUUUUCUAUUGUUUCAAAACAGCGCUCCUUCUAAGUAAUGCAUUUGAAUACAGCUUGUUCGUAAGGGAAUAUAAAAAAUGCUCUUCACUGGACCUUUUGCGUUUGUAUGCAUACGAUUGGCAACAUAACUGGCUUAUUUACAUUAAAUACGCCACAAGGUUACAGUGCAGAUCAACGUCAUUUUAUCGCUGAUUACUUCUCUUAAACGCUGGAGCUGUGACUGAUGCUUGGGACGCGCUGUCUACAAAGAUUUACCCUGGAGUUUUUUGGAAGAAAACAGACUUGAAAUAGUUAUCAGAAAAGGCAUAUACAGUAGUUGGAAAGUUUUAUCACAAUGUAAGGAUAGGCAGAGCUUCCAAAGGGAAGUGGGACGCCCCCUUUGGCAAUCCGUCAGUGCCAUCCAAGCUCAGCUGCAUCCUCUCACUGGGUAUUUUCUAACCAGACUGACAGUCCUAAAACAAGUAUGCAGUUAGUGUGUUAAGGAUGGAGGAAACUAGUUUGUGCCUUGGUGUGUCUUCAGCAGUGCCUGAAGCUGAUGCCCAUCUUAGCAACACUGUACUCAAUGGCCAGUAUCCUAUAAGCCAGAAACUCCACCAGUUAACAGCACAGCUUGGCCAUGCCUUUCCGGAUCUUCAGAAUAGACAGAUUCCUGAAGAGAAAGCUGCUACUCCACUAGAUGAAAAGAGUCACAUGGCUUUGGCCAGCCAACCAUUAAGCAGUCAGAUGGCCUUGCUUGCCAACCAGCUCAACCGAGACAUUGAUACUAGUCUUAGCAUGAAUGGCAGGGUGGAUCUGCAGCAAUUUUUGAAUGGACAGAAUCUGGGCAUCAUGUCUCAGAUGAACGACAUUGAAGAUGAUGCCCGAAAGAACAGAAAAUACCCAUGCCCCCUUUGUGGAAAGCGAUUUCGUUUUAACAGCAUCCUGUCACUGCACAUGAGAACCCACACUGGGGAGAAGCCUUUCAAAUGCCCGUAUUGUGACCACAGGGCUGCUCAGAAGGGCAAUCUGAAGAUCCAUCUUCGCACACACAAACUGGGCAAUCUUGGGAAAGGCCGUGGCCGAGUCCGCGAGGAGAACCGUCUUUUGCAUGAGCUUGAGGAGAGAGCCAUCCUGAGGGAUAAGCAGAUGAAAAGCAGCCUUCUGCAGCCUAGGCUGGAUAUAAAACAGCAGCCUCAGCCUCUCCAGCACCAGCACCUGCCCAUGCAAACUCAGCAGCAACAACAGGCGCCCGCCACUGCUAGUGGUCUACUCACUCCCACCGGCCACAGCACUCCAGAGACUCUGUCUCAGCCAUCACCCUCUCCCAAGCCAGCCAGCGCACAGGAGGAGCAGGCAGCCCCUCCCUCAGGCUUCCGCUGCACAUUUUGCAAAGGGAAGUUCAAGAAACGUGAGGAGCUGGACCGCCACAUCCGGAUACUGCACAAGCCCUACAAGUGCACACUCUGUGACUUUGCGGCUUCUCAGGAGGAGGAUCUCAUCAGCCACGUGGAGAAGGCCCACAUCACUGCUGAGUCAGCCCAGGGUCAAGGUUCUAGUGGCAAUGGCGAGAAACCAGCCAGUGAGUUCAGAUGUGAGGUUUGUGGCCAGGUCUUCAGCCAGGCCUGGUUCUUGAAGGGCCACAUGAGGAAGCACAAAGAUUCCUUUGAGCACUGCUGCCAGAUCUGUGGGAGGCGCUUCAAAGAGCCCUGGUUCUUGAAAAACCACAUGAAAGUCCACCUGAAUAAACUAUCAAUUAAAAAUAAAUCCCCCUCGGAUUCUGAAGUGCCCAUAAGCAUGAACAACAUGGCACAUGAAGCCCAUGCAAACUUGUACUCCCGAUACAUUUCAUGCUUGCAAAGUGGAUUCCUUUCACCUGAUAAGGCAGGUUUAUCCGAUCAAAACCAGAUGCUCACUAAGGCCGGGAUUGCAAUGAAAGAAAAAGAAAUGCUUGGAAAACUGUUGGCACCAGUUGCUAGCAUGGGCCAUAAUUUGCCUGAAGGAGAGAAACGGUCUUUGCUGGGCUGCUUGAAUCUGGUGCCUCCUCUCAAGUCAAGUUGUAUGGAACGCUUGCAAGCAGCAGCUAAAGUGGCAGAAAUGGACCCCCUGAAUAGCUAUCAGGCCUGGCAAGUUAUGGCCAGGGGAAUGGCUAUGGAUCAAGCUUUUCUGCCUAAAGAGCAGCACCAAGUGCCACACAGUCAGGAAGAGGCCAUGGUCAAUGCAGGCCUAGUCUUUGCUAAAGAGAAGCAUGAGUACCUUGUUGUGGCUGCUGAUGGUUCCAAGCAGAAGCUGCAUGCUGAAUCUGUGCAGUGUACAAAAAGCAGCAACCUUGUCUCUUGCAAAGAUGAUACCUACGACAACAGUAGAGAGUUCAUGUCCCACAACAUUGGUCAAAGCCUUGAAUACAUGAAGGAAAAGCCUACUGAAUGCCCUGAUUGUGGAAGGGUUUUUAGAACUUACCAUCAAGUGGUUGUCCAUUCCCGUGUGCACACGAGGGACCGCAAGCAGGGAGAAGAGGGGAUCCAUGGCUGUCUGGAUGAGCGCCGGGGUUCUGCAAGUGACCCGGAGUCGCAGUCCAUCAGUAGGUCAACAACCCCUGGCUCUUCAAACAUCACUGAAGAAAGUGGAGCUGGAGGAGGUCUCUCGCAAACAGGCAGUGCCCAAGAAGACAGCCCCCAUCCUUCCUCUCCUUCCUCAGAUGCUGGGGAAGAAGUAGCAAAACCAAUGGGAGUCCAGCAGCCUUCCCUUGUGAGAGACAGGGGCCUGGGAUCGGCAAUGAAGGACUGUCCAUACUGUGGAAAGACCUUCCGAACAUCACAUCACUUGAAGGUCCAUCUGAGGAUACACACAGGUGAGAAACCGUACAAGUGCCCACAUUGUGACUAUGCAGGCACACAGUCGGCAUCCCUGAAAUAUCACCUGGAACGUCACCACAGGGAACAGCAGAAUGGAGGGGGGCCCAUGUCAGGCCACUCCCAAGAACAUAAGGAAGAUCAUUCGAACGCCAAGGGCAGCAUGUUUAUCAGACCUGACAUCCUCAGAGGAGUCUUCAAAGGAGUGCCGAGUACUGAUUUCAGAGGAGGGCAGCUGCUUCCCCAUCAGUGGGCAUCAGGGAUGAUCUCUGCAAGAGAACGUCAUGGACAGUGCGCUAGUGUGGCCUCUGAAAAUUCCUUGGAAAAUCUCAAAAGCUCUGAGGCAUCUGGGGAAGGCACACCCAGCUUCUCUGACCUGGGGAGAGCCUACCAGAGCAUGGUAGGCAACGGUGUCAACUUUCAAGGUUCCCUACAGGCUUUCAUGGACAAUUUUGUUCAGAGUUCCUUGAAAAAAGAGAAGGAAAUGAGAGAAAAGCCUUUCAGUGAAAGCAUAGAAACAAAAGCCAAGAGAGGCGAGAACAGCGUGGAGAAAGCAGAUGCCAAGCCUUCUGAAGGCAAACCUGAGAAAUCUCAGUAUGAACCACUCGAUCUAUCUGUCAGGCCAGAUUCUGCUUCGCUGCCAGGCUCAUCUGUUACAAUCCAAGACAAUGUCGCCUGGCACGGCUGCCUUUUCUGCUCAUUCACAACUUCAUCCAUGGAGCUGAUGGCACUCCAUUUACAGGCCAACCACCUCGGAAAAGCAAAACGUAAGGAAAGCAUCUUGGACAUGAAAGGGAUAAGCAAGGAACAAACAGGGGAGUUGGCCUCACUAAAUAAAGCUAGUCUGGGUACCAGUGCUAGUCACCUUGGCAAAGAGGCAAUUUCCUCUAAGCAAUCCCCACAUAUAGAUAAGAUGACCCAGCAGGAGACAGUCAAAGAGACUUUGGGAGAACAGAAGAGCUCAACUUGGCCAAAUCACAUGGAUGCUAAUGUGAGCAGCGUUCAGAAUGAUUUCUUCAAGCAGUUUAGAAUUUACGCAACUUCAGGUGGAUCAGGAACCCAAAGCUCUAGCAACACCAGUCAGGAAGCUGAGCAAAACAUUCAACCUGCUGACAGCAUAAAUCUGAAGUCGGCAAGCCUUACUAACAGAGGCACCACUGAUGAACUUUCAGAUAAAGUCUCCAGCAGUGAGAUGGAGGCUUCAGAGGAGCACGAGCAGCUGGAAGAUGAUGGCAGACCUGCUGAACAUAGUGAUGACUCCCCUAAUGAAAAACUGGAAAGUGAUGAGGAUGAGGAAGAGGAGGAGGAAGAGGAGGAGGAGGAUGGAAGCAGGGAUCUGAUGCAAAGUGGCAUUCCAGUGAAGGACUCACAGGGGCUUGUGCCCACCAUGCCACAACUGCUGGAGAAACAGUGGCAGGGCUUGAAUCUUCUUUCAUCUCAAGGAGUUCCCCCAGGGGUGAUGAAACCGGAACAUGCCCAUCUUGAGCAGCAGAUGAACAUGCUGUCUGUCCUGAGGGCCUACAGCACAGAGAACCUAGCGGCAUUCAAUGGCCUUGGAAACAGCUCAAACAACACCAGUGGCAUCAAGAGACCAGACAUGCCUGGUCAGAGGCCGUUCCAGUGCAGAUACUGCCCAUACAGUGCCUCCCAGAAGGGAAACUUGAAGACCCAUGUGCUGUGUGUUCAUCGCAUGCCUUUUGACAACAGCCAGUACCCCGACCGGCGAUUCAAGCGAUCCAGAGUCGACUCAGACACGUCCGGGAAUUCGGAAGACGCGAACGCCAUGACGCCCGGAAGUGCGGGAGAAUCUGCGCCAGAGGCCGGAGUCCAGGAGUAAAAAACAGCACAACAACACUUCCACUACAGCAUCCACUGCAACAACAACACCAACAACUACGACGAAGAUUUCCCACAGGCAUUAAAGGAGGGUGGUGAGGGUGGGUGUGGAGAUUAAAAAUGUAACUCACAUUCCAAACACUUUUUAAGAAUAUUCCACGUUUAAAAAAGCAGCUAAACAAAAUAUAUUAAUACAACCGAACUGUAACAUCCAAGGGGGAGCCCUCCAAAAUGGCCGCCCAGUGUUUUGCAAAAGUACUGUUGAAAAUGGCACGUGGGAAAAGAAGUAAAAAAAAAAAAAGGCGUUUUUUUAAGUUAUAUAAAAUAUAGUGACAGGAAAUUAACUUGUUAUUUUAAAAAAAAGAAGGACAUUAAAUCUUUAAAGUGAUUUUUGUCCCAAAAAUAAUGCUUUUACCAGAAAAAUGAUACGUAUAAACGAUUUAGCGAUGCCUAGAAGAUCGAGGGGCUGUGUUUUCAGCGUUGAAAACACCUUUAUAACAUGACACCAGCUGCUGUCAUUUGCCUAGCAUAGUAAUGAGAUGUACUAGUAGACUGCCAUGGUGCCAGCCUGACUGGAGCUGUCAUAGCAGAAGAAAUCAAUUCAGCCGGUGUCGCAACUGCACUAUAAGAGAAACUCUAGACUGGCCUAUAAGCAAAGGGUCAGUACUGACCUGUGUUGAGCAGGACCUGGAUAUUACAUUUGCUUUCUCUUUAAAAAGAUCAUAGGUAAACGAAUUGCAUAUUGUAAGAAUCCAUUAAUCUGCACAGAUGCCCAUGCAGAUUUAAACAGUUCUUUUUUUCUGGUGAUCAAUUUGCAGUAUUGAGAGGGAAAGAUAUUUUUACUUUUCCCUUUUGUUUGAUAACGAUGAAGUAGGUUUUUGCUGUUCCUUAAAAAUGUAGUAGCAGUGUACAUAAGCAUUGUAUAGUACUGAAACUAGCUAGCCUUGGUUCUCAGAGGCACUAGGGAGACGUAGAAUGUUUCUUUCAUAGCAAGAGUUUUGCUCCAUAUUCGAAUGAAGGAAUUUCCCUGAACAUGGUCAGUUUUCUGUUUGUCACUUUCUUAAGUGAUAAAGACACAAUGCAGGACUAUCUUCCUAAGCUCUUAUAAAGUAGCUAAAAAAGAGAAAAAAUGAAAAAAAUGUUUCCUGCUCUUUGUCUCUAAUAUAAACGUGUGUAUUACCUAAUUCUUCUUUGUUUUUGUAAAACAUAAAUUUGUUCUAUAUUUUUUACAAAUUUUAGCUUUUGUACAAUUUGGAUUUCCAAAUUUAUGUUCAUUUUCAUAUAGGAAGCUUUUUGAGAGGAUGUAAUAAACACUUUUUGUUUUUGCUUUCUUCCAUUUUUGGUUUUGUUUUAAUUUUGUUCUGGAAAUAUUAAAAUAAAAGGUUUAGAUCCUAUGAAAUCAGCUUGAAAAAAAGCAGUAAAAAGUAUGUUGCCUUUUAAUGUACUUCCUCUUGUUAAAGGCAAAAAAAGAAAAAAAAAGGUGCUUUUUAUUGCAGUGGUUGAAAACUAUUCAUGUCUUCUGAAAAAAAAAUAAUCCAGACUUUAAAAAAGUCAAUAUCUUCCCAUUCAGGCUGGGAGCAUACACUAAAACCCCUGGGCCUUAAAAUUUUCAUCUCUGCCUAAAGCAGUUUACAAAAAUACUAAACUGCAAUCAAUGUAAAUAAAAUUCUAAGCAUAACCCUGAGAUUAUAGAAGGAAAAUCUCAGGCUAAGGAGAAAAAAAAGGUUUGCAUAUGCUGGUAAAAAGGAUAUCAUCAGAUUAAAGUUACAGUUUAAAUGAGGUCACUUUGUAAUUAAGACCCAUGUGGCAUAACGCAAGCUGCUUUUAUUGUUUUGUUUUUUUAGUAUAGUUCUCACUGCCUUACUUAAAUCAAGUUGAUAAACUUAAUGCAACUGUUUCUACGAGCCCGUCCGAGGGAUCGAAAUGUUAUUAAAAGUACUUUAUGACUGUAGUAAGCUUUAGGAUUUUAACUGCACUACUGUGUUUGGUGACUGUGUCAGUCGCUUGCUUUUUCGUGUGUGUGUGUGCGCCGCCUUCAGUAUCUUAGACAAAAUGAAAAAAAUGUAAAAAAGUUUAAAAAAAAGAAAAAAACACAUUCCAUUUCUCGCACUUUUUGAGCUUUUUCAGUAUUCCUCUGUGUCUUUUGAGCAUUUUCAGAUAUGACAGGCAAUAAUUCUGUUUGUGACACUGGAAACAUUUCCCGUUCUUUGUGAAGUGUUCGUUGAUUCCAUAUGGUCCGGUGCUACUGUCCCUGCCUUCCCCACCUCUGACGUAAGCCCCCCCUUUUUCCAAAAUAUUUGUAAAUCAUAAUCCAAACAAGUGACAGACGCGGUGAUGCAUUGUCAGAUUCUGAAUAUCAUCAUGCUUCUCAAAAUCUAAACAUGUCAAAUUUUUUCUCUGUAACUUCUGUAGUCUGUGAUACUGGUCAUAAUACUGUCUACAUUCCUACAUGAAGAAUAUUUCUAUCUUGGAGGAGAUCUGAGAACAGUAGAGUAGAGGAUUUUGUUGCUAUGCUUAUAACAAGUAGAUGACUUUGUAUUUAAGGAUUAUUCUUGGUCAUUAUUUAUUAUUAUACAUCUGUUGACAGAACUUUAUUCUGGUAUAGAGGUAUUAAAAGUUGUUUUUUUCAGCAAUGACUGUUUUCUUUCUGCUGUUAGAAGUUAAAAUGUCUUUGAAGCAGUACAGUUUUAUCCAGUGUUUUACGCAAUAAAACCUCUACCUCUGAAA